AUGGUCCGCCUCAAAAACCGUUAUCUGCUUAUAGAUAUCCUCUACCCUGAUCCGGCAACAUGGCCCUCUUCCACGCCCAAAUCCACUAGCACAUCCACCUCCGCACAACUAGCCAUCCAUUCGCCUACCUCUGACGCGCUGACACCAGGCCUCCUUGCAAAGAUGAUUCGUGAGGAGGUCAGCGAGCUAUACGGGGACUGCGGUGUAGGGAAACUGGGCGGUGCUUCUGCAGGAGGAAUCAAUGUCAAAUACCUUUCUCCCGCAACAUCGACCGCCAUCCUCCGCUGCCCUCGCGCGUCCUUCCGUCUCGUCUGGUCCGCUCUUACACAUAUGUCGCAUGUCCCCUCAACAGGCGGCGAUGCAUCCCAGAAGCGGCCCAACGGAGGCCGAGAACGGGGAUGUGUAUUUCGGGUUUUGAGAGUGUCGGGGACAAUGAAGAAAGCCGAGGAGGAGGCCAUUCGGCGGGCAAGGAGGGAGAUUGUUCGGGUCAGAGGCGUCGAGGAAAAGGGUGUGUUGGGGGAUUUGGUUUCCGGUGCUGGUGCAGGAAAGAACAUGGUCAUGCAGAGUGUUGUAGAUGUGAGUGACGAUGAGAUGGAAGAUGAGUGA